CUCGCGAGAAAAGCGACGAGUCUCGCCGGAUUCCUUCCAGCGAGCCCGCAACACCCCAUGAACCGGUAAGUGGCCGACGGACGGAGGAAAAGCCGAUUCCCGUAACGCACUUCCGACAACGAUAUUCGCUCGCGCGAGCGUAUCGUCGUUGCGCGAGGAACGUUGGCGCGAGCGCGUGCGAGCGAGAAAACGAGGAAGUAGCGCGCGAGUACGUCACGCUCGUUCCGUGAAACUCGGCGCGUGAUUGGUCGAGUGGGGAAGCUGGUCGGCGCGUCGACCUAUGGGCGAGUCCGUUAGACGGGAAGGAUGUUUGCACGGUCGCCUGGAGGCGCAGCCAUGUUGGGAACAUUAGAAGGGAACCAACACCACGACCAGAAAGACGGGAACAUCUAGGUUCGGCAGCGGCGUGUCUUAACACCUGAACACCACCACCAUGGCUGACCCGGAAAAACAGCCCGAACAACCAAAGGCUGUACAGCAGAAGCUGGUCAUCGCUAACAAAGUGACCGGGACUGUGAAAUGGUUCAACGUGAAGAGUGGAUAUGGAUUCAUCAACAGGAACGACACCAAGGACGACGUGUUCGUCCAUCAAUCGGCUAUCGUGAGGAACAACCCAAGGAAGGCCGUCCGUAGCGUCGGUGACGGAGAAGUGGUCGAAUUCGACGUGGUUAUAGGCGAGAAGGGUCACGAAGCGGCCAACGUUACCGGUCCUUCCGGGGAAGCGGUAAAGGGUUCACCUUACGCUGCCGACAAGCGACGCGGAUUCCGCGGAGUUCAUUGGUACAUCAGUCAGAAACGUGGGAACACUCGAACUCAACGUAGACCGCGUGAAGGCCAGGAAGGCUACGAAGCCGGCGAGGGCAAAUCUGCGGACGAGGCCAACGUUGGCGAAGGUGGUGGACAACAGCGGCGUUACAGAGUCCGACGGCAAUACGACGGCUACUAUCGUGGGUCGCGGCGGUCUGGACCAUCGGCGCAACAGCAGACCGAUAACACCGGAGAACAAGGAGAACAGGGUGGCGAGGGUGGUGCAGGUGGCGAGGGUGUGCCGCGCGGCGGCGGUGCUCGCGGCCGAGGCGGACCGUCUCGCCGUUAUUAUCGUCGCAAUUUCCGCGGAGGAAGAGGCGGCGGACCACCUCGUCGACCUCGCAGCCAGGACGGACAAACAAAAUCGGAGCAGAAGUCGGAUGCACCUAAAGAUAAGGAUGCACCUGCCGCUGCCCCUGCUCCACAGGAGAGUCAGCCGGUCCAGAACACCACUACCGAAAGCACCGCUUAAUCAACAGCAAAUGGUACCAACCACCACGACAUAACCACUCCUUUUAAUAAGUAACACCAACACCAGUUAUACACCGAAGCAACAGCAAACAGCAGCAGCAAACGGCAAACAGCAACGUAACAAAAGAAUCGAACAAAAAAUGUAAAACAAAAAAAAAAGAAAG